AUAUUUUGGAAAUGGAAUUUUAAAUGUGAGUGCAGGUGAAACACAUACAAUAUUGUUAAAUUCUAAAAAUCAAGUACAAGCUUGUGGCUCAAAUAAAUACGGUUAAUUAGGAAUAUAAAAUACAAAUAUAAUAUAUAAACCAACUUUAUUAAUUGUAAAAAACUUUCUAAUAAAUAAAUAAAUAAAAAAAAAAAAGCAAUUAAAAGAUAUAAAAAUUAUAUAAAUAUCAUGUGGAUCAGAUCAUACAUUCGCUAUAUCAAAUAAAGGGUAAGUUUAUAGUUGGGGUUUAAAUCUAAAAGGAUAAUUAGGAAUAGGCUCAUAUGAUAAUUAAGAUAGUCCUAUUUUAAUAUAUUCAUUAUUACCAUAUGGUAAUUAAAAAAGAAACGCACAUAAUAAUUUUGAAGAUAUUUUAGUAGAAAACUUAAAUAAUUAAUCAAAAGAUAAUACAAUUGAUUAAUUAAAUAAAAUAAAAUAAUUAUCCUCUUAAAAUUUAAAAAACUCAGAUUAUGGUGGAAGUGAUAUUUUGACUAAUAUUUUAUUAGAAAAUGAUGAGUAUAUUACAUAAAUAUAAUGCGGAACUUUACAUACGAUUGCUUUAUCUAAUAAAAACAGGCUUUUUUCAACUGGAUAUGGUGAAACAUAUGCUUUAGGUCAUGCUAAUAAUGUAACUUAAUGCGAAUUUAGUUAAAUAUAAAUGCCCAAUAAGUAAUAAAUCAAAAAUAUUUCAUGUGGAUUAACCCAUACUUUAUGUGUUAUAGGUUAAAAAGCUUACAUUUGGGGCGUUGCUGGUGUCCAUGAAGGUCUAAUAUUCUAAAAUAUCACUGAAUUAGAUACUUAAUAGGAUACUAUAGUUGAUGUAAAAGCCGGAGAUUGCUUAAGUUUGCUACUUUCAUCUAAAGGAGAUGUUUAUUGCUUGGGAGAAAAUAUAGACGGCCAACUCUGUAACGAAAACCUAAACAUAUUUUAUGAAUAUCCAAAAAAAAUAAACAAUCUUCCCUCUAUAGGUUAGAUUCAAACUGGAAAAAAUCACUGUAUAGUUAUAUCUAUAGAUAAUAAAAGCAUAUAUGGAUGGGGUUCUAAUACUUAUUACUAAAUAACAGGAAAAAAUAGUAAAAAAAAAAUAAUAACUUAACCCUAUUAAAUAUAAAAUAUCUAACAAGAAAAUAAUAAUUAUAAUUUAAAAGUUGAAUGUGGUUCUUAUCAUACAUUAAUAUUAUCUAAUAAAAACUUAAAAAAUUAACUAGAAAUUUUCUAAUAAAAAUCCGAUGACGAAGAAGAUAUUUUUCUACCUGAUAAUUAUAAAAAACUUAGCGAACUGUAAAAAGAGAUUGAAAAUUUAAAAAAAAUAAACCAAAACCUAUAAAAAAGUCAAGAUAAACAAUAAAAAAUCUACAAAUAAAAAGAAAAUGAAUACCAAAAACAACUAAAAGAUCUUUAAAAAUAUCUUCUUUUGAAAUCCGAAAUACCCGACAAUAAUAAAUUCGAUAUAAAAUACAUUGAAUAAUUUUUCCCUAAAUAAAUCUCUUUCCGAACCUUCAAUUCCAACCUCGAAAUAGACUUCAAUGAAAUCCACCUUGAAAAACAGAUAAAUGAAGGUGGCUAUGGUAUAAUAUACAGAGCAAAAUGGCGUGAAUGUACAGUUGCUGUCAAAAAAUUUAAAAUAGAUUAAAUAAAUGAAACUAUAAUAAGAGAUUUUCUCUCCGAAUGCCAUGCCAUGGAGGCUUUAAGACACCCUAAUAUAGUCAUGUUUUUAGGAGCAUGUACUAAGCCUCCUAAUUUCUGUAUUAUUCUUGAGUUAUGUUAAAGAGGUAGUCUAUGGAAUUUAUUAUAAACUCCAGAAAUUAGUCUCUCUUGGGAAGAUAAAAGGAAACUAGCACUAGAUACUGCAAGAGGCGUUCAUUAUUUGCAUUAAUGUACUCCUCCUAUUAUACAUAGAGACUUAAAAUCUUUAAAUAUACUACUAGAUGAAAAUUUGAGGUGUAAAUUAGCAGAUUUCGGUUGGACUAAAGCAAUUGAUAAUUAUAUGUCUAAUAAAAUAGGAACAUAUUAAUGGAUGGCUCCAGAAGUUAUUUCUAGUAAUUCAUAUACUGAAAAAGCAGAUGUUUUUAGUUAUGGUAUUAUUUUAUGGGAAAUAGCAUCCAGAGAACCUCCUUAUAGAAAUAAAUCAGGAUAAACUGUAUCAAUAGAAGUUAUUUAAAAUGACUUAAGACCUAGUAUACCAAAAAAAACGCCAGAAACAUUAGCUAAUUUGAUGAAAAGAUGUUGGGAUAAAGAACCGUAAAAAAGACCUUCUUUUAAAGAAAUAAUAAAAAUAUUAGAAUUAAUAAUACUUAAAUGA